AUGGUUACCAUCCUCGGUAUUUGCGUCGCUAUUAUCACUGCAUGCAUAUCCAUCCUUGUAUUCCUGCAUCAACGGCGCAGCGCACAGGCAAGAGCUCUCAACGAGCCGCCUCUUCUUCCGUAUUGGAUUCCUUUUGUGGGGCAUGCGCUGUGGUACGGACGAAGGUCCAACGAGGUGUAUGUUGCUGCGAGAUUCUUUUCUCCAGAUUCGCGUCCUGUAUCAGUAACGCUAAUGGGACAGCGUAUAUAUAUUGUCACGGCAAGCAAAGACGUUUCAGCAGUAUACCGUGCGAAAAGCCUCUCGUUUAACAACCUCAUCCUCUGGGGUUUGGGCGCUGUAUUCAACAUCUCACAGGAAGGUCGAAAUGCGAUCGCAUACGAACCAGACCACAGCUCUUCUUUAUUGGAGAAUAGCCAUGGGUUCUUUCGCGACGCACUGAAGGAGGGUUCAGCUUUAAAUCAUUUUACCACUUCCUUCCUCGAUUGCCUACGCCUGGAGCUCGCCAAAGAGGAUGUCAAGAUCAACGCGUCCCAAGAAGGGAUGAAAAUCCACCUACGCGACUGGGCCAGAACGAUUCUGGGCACCGCAUCCACAAUCGCGAUGAUGGGACCUCAAAUACUCGAGGAAGAACCUAACCUUCUCAAGUAUAAUUGGCAGUUCGAUCUCGACCAAGUCUCGUUUACACUCGGUCUUCCGCGAUUCUUGAUUAGAAGACAGCAUGCGAACAGGGAGAAGCUUAUUCAUGCAUUUGAGAAGGUGUAUAAGGACAGAGAUACGAAGCUGCAGGACGCCAUUUGGUGGAUACCCGGGCGUCAAAGGAUGUUGGUUGAGGCAGGGAUGACGUCUGAUUAUGAUAUAGGUGCUUCAACACUCCCGGUAUGGAAUGGGCUUCAAACCAACUCCAACCCUGCCGCUUUUUGGCUUCUUCUUCAUAUUGUAACGAUCCCUGGGCUUGCAGAUCGCAUACGCAAGUCAAUCGCUCCGGCAUUCGACAGCGAGGGGAAAGUUACCAAUCUAGAUCUCAUGGUAAACGACCCGCUUUUUCGCUCAACAUAUAACGAGACACUUCGCCUGUACUCGACUUCGAUCUCCACUCGGAAUUUUCGUCCACACCAUUGGGAUGCGGACGUUUGGGGCCCAGACGUCGAAAAGUUUGUCCCAGACAGGUUCAUUCGAGAAUCUGCGAACGGUUUGAUUAAGGGAGAUGCAAAGCUAACACGGCCAUUUGGAGGAGGGACGAGCCUCUGUCCUGGUCGGUUCUUUGCUUCGAACGAGAUCAUUUCAUUCGUCGGAGCCAUUCUGUUGAAGUACGAUAUUCGCUUGGCAGCCGGUGAAAGUAUUCCUCGACCUAAUCUGAACGCACCAUCUCUCGCCUUUCCUGCUCCUAUGAAUGACGUGGAGGUCAUUAUAACGAAGAGAAAUAACUAUUGA